UCAGUAAAAGUCAGAAAGGUUGUAAACAAAGCUGAAAUCUUUUACUUUUCAUUUGCCGAGUAAAAAUCCAAAAUGGGUGAAAUACACACCGGGGAUAUGUCUCAAAUUGAAAGAUGUCGAACUAUAAAGUUCAAAAUCGGGAAAAUGCGAGUCAAUUUUAAUCCCGUUGUGACUAUUUUCUCUGCCAUUAUAAUUUGGAGUCUUGUCUUAUUCUGUCUUGUAAAGACAGAUCUGGCAGCAAAAGAAAUGCCCACAUGGGCAAAGUGGGUGACAGAUAAGUGGACCUGGCUCUACAUCGGGACCCAAGACGUCUGGGCUGUGUUCAUUCUCGUUCUGUUCUUCUCCAAGUAUUCUAACCUAAAACUUGGGAAGACAGACGACGAGGAGCCGGAAUUCAAUGAUGGUUCGUACUUUAGUAUGCUGUUCGCUGCUGGAAUCGGCGUUGGAUUAUUUUACUUUGGCGUAGCAGAACCUGUGUUGCACUACGAGCCUGGCAGCAAAUGGGGGAACCGCUAUCAAGGAAGGUACUCCGACAACCAGCGCGCCCAGGACGCCAUCAACGUGACCUUGUUUCACUGGGGAAUCCACGGCUGGAUCGUCUACACCAUGAUUGGUCUGUUGUUGGGCUUCCUGUCUUAUCGCUACGACAUGCCCAUGACCAUGCGCACGUGCUUCUACCCGUUGCUAGGCGACAAGAUCUACGGCACCUUCGGCGACCUGAUCGAUAUCCUGUCGGUGGUGUGCACCAUGUUCGGCGUUUGUACGAGUCUCGGCGCCGGAGCGAUCCAACUUAACGAUGGACUUAACAGACUAAACAGCGCCAUCGAAGAAUCGAAGAUGAACCAGGUGAUUAUCAUCUGGGUGAUCACCGCCCUAGCGACAGUAUCUGUGAUCAGCGGCCUUAAAGUCGGGAUCAGACGUCUCAGCGAGAUCUGUUUUUCCGUCGGCAUGUUCAUCUUCUUGGUCGUCUUCUUCUACGACGACACUUGGUACCUCCUGAACGUGUUCGUCCAGAGCAUCGGCUACUACCUGCAGUGGAUCGUGCAGAUUGGCUUCCACACCGACGCCUUCGCGCAGAUGGGGAAUGCCCCGGAUGGGAAAGAGGCUCCUGAAUGGAUGAGUGAAUGGACCAUCUUCUACUGGGGCUGGUGGAUCGCGUGGGCUCCCUUCGUGGGCGUGUUUAUCGCGCGUAUCUCGCGUGGACGGACCAUCAAGCAGUUCAUCACCUACACCCUGACCGUCCCCGUCGUGUAUUGCAUCAUGUGGUUCUCCGUGUUUGGUGCGAUUGGAAUCAAAAUGGAGCGCGAAGCGAUAAACGCCGGGAUCGAGUGUAACUCUACUCUUGGAGGAAGAGAUUCUCUCCAGUCCCUAAAUGGCAUAUAUCGUCUCUCUUGUCGACCCUCGACCCGCAUGUGGUUUGACGUAAUGGAACAGUACGAAGGGAUCGGAUCCUUUAUGUCAGGGCUUUCCAUCGUCGGCCUCGUCCUCUACUUCGUCACCAGCUCCGACAGCGGUUCUCUCGUGAUUGACAGCCUCUCAGCCAAUGGCCAUCCAGACCCACCGGUGCUGCAGCGAGUGUUCUGGGCUCUGACGGAAGGCGCUUGUGCCACGGGCUUGCUGUGGACGGGCGGAUCAAAGGCGUUGAGCGCUCUUCAAGCAGCUUCGAUAUCAUCUGGUCUAUUCUACACCGUAAUCCUCAACUUUGUCUGCGUCGCAAUUUGGCGCGCCGUCAAGUAUGACACAGGGGACCUUGACAUGAGCGGGCCAUUAUUUAGUAUGGGCAUCUUUGAUAUCUUCUACAAACCAUCAUACAAACGGCUCAGGAACCUGGUGAUUGCAAUGACCGCCCCUUGGUACCUCAUGGGAAAAGCGGCGGGGAAAGUUAACAAUGGCGGCAAGCGUACAGCUAUGAUCACCCUUGGACUCACUUUCUACACCGCUGUUGGGCUUCAAAUACUCCAUUUCUUCCGUCCAGGGACCGCGUACCUCGGAGCUGCUCUCAUCGUUGGCUUCUUUGUGUACGGAGCAGGAAUCCGCCUGGCUGUUCGUGAGAAGUAUGCGAUCGUCGGCAACAUGGUAGAGGACUUCUUCGCUGUGAUGCUGCUGUACCCGUUGGCUGCCAUGCAGAUGGACGAGCAGUUGGAUAACUCCAAGACUUCCAGUGAGAGCACCAUUGAUUCUGGGAGCUCUGCGGAGGACGAGAGCGCGCCACUUGGGCACAAGACUCCUCAUUUGUGCAUUCAUGUGAAUGAUUCUGGGAGAAGCUCUAUGGCAGAGGAAGCUGUAUAACAAAGAGUGGAGAAGGCCUGUGUAAAUAAGGACUAGAAGCUCGGCUUGACUUGGAUAGUGGGCCAUGAUAGCACUCUCUAGCUCCUAACAUAAGAUAUGUCUGGUUUACACCACUUGAAUACAUAGACUUUGUAGAUGGCCUAGGUUCACUGUAUGCCCCACUUAGUGUAUCAGUACAGGAUGGACGAGAUUCCACAUUGCUAUCGCUUCUCUCCUCCCCCAGGCCUCUGGCCGUGCCUUUACAGGCUACACAUAUGGAGAAAACGUUUUCGUUUAAGGGACUGGUACCGAGGACUCUUUCUUUUCAGAUACUUUCUCCAUUGACCAGAGAUGGUCACAGUCACUUUUUUUUCUUCUGAUUACAAGUCAUAAAGUUUACGAAGCACCUGCGGUACGGUAACCUUAAAAAAUAACAAGAAUCAUGCACAUUUUCCAAAUAAGGAAAAUAUUAGUUUCCUUAUAUGAAAGUGACCGCGUUUGGCAAAAACGACAAUUUUUGGCAGAAUUUUCUUGGUAUGCAAACACUACACUACAGUGCCUAUUAACCAACCUCAAGACGAGGCUCUCUGCUAAAAUUACAUUAGAUCUGGAAUUAGAAACGAAGCCUCGACUUCAUGCUUAAGUUUGUAAGCAUUGGGGCGUGUAUCGAACCUGGAUGGGUGUAGCUAGUGAGAUCGUCAUUGCUUUCGCUGGUUUAUUUGCAUGAUUAAUACCCAUGAAGCACCGCGGGCUACGCAGAUUCUCAUCUUUAUUGGUACAUACUGUAUGUUUCUGGUCUACUGACUAGUCAGCUAAUACUUGUAAGAGGGUUUUAAGCAGGGAUAAUGGCAACGACUGCAAAGACGCGGCAAAAAUAUGUGCUCUAUCGAUAACUAGAGUUUUCAAAAAUAAUAAUAAUUUAUUUAAAAAAGCAAUUUAAAUGUUUAUAAAUGUUGAUUCAAAUUGCAAGGAUUAUAAAAGUUUAUAUUUGUAACGUUAAAUUUAGUUUGUAUGUAUAAAUUAUUUUGUAUAUUCGUAUAUACGUUAUAUUUAAUUUGUAUGUUAUUUAUUUUGCAUAUUCACCAAGAUCUAUCUUUAUAUAUAACGAUUGCGUGACUUAACCCUGUCACAAAACGAUCUAUCGCACUACUCGUAGGUUUUCUAAGUAUUUUGUAGUAAACUCAAAA